AUGGGUCUGUCUGUGCUUGGCUCCCUGAUCAAAAUUAAGUUGAUCAUUUAUUGCUUUAAGAGACUCCUACUGUUUAACAAGUACAAACACAUUCAGCUAGAAAAAAAUGACAAGAAAAAGAGAAAAAGAUUAGAACAAGGAGAUGGAGGGGAUGAAUUUGGAAGUUAUGCUUCCUUGGGAGGAGAACGCUCUAGUUUAAUUGAUUCUCCAUUGAGUAAAACUGGUAUACAAGAAUCCGUCGAAUUAUCCAAAUUUUUAAAGGACAGCAUAGAUGAUACAGAAAAAAAAGAUUUUUGUGGAGGCAAUGAAAUGAUGCAGUUAGAGUACAUAGAUAAAGCAACCAAGGAGAUGGAGGCCUUCUAUGCUAAGUUAUGUGAUGGAGAGUUUGACGCUGUUACCCCGGAAGAAAAAAACUACGUCAGUAUUUGUGAUGAUUUUUAUUAUAAUACUACUGAUGAAGAUAAGGGUUAUGUAACAAUUUGUGAUGGAGAUGGUGAGCUAACCGAGUUAGAAGAACACUUUAAAGAUAUUUGUGAUGGAUACUUCGAUGGUUUACUAUACAAAGGAGCUAAGUUCGUGGCUCGUAAAAUUGCAGGAGAUGAUGAUUAUGUCUCAUCCGAUGAAGAAGAUGAUGAAGACUCAUCAGAUGAUGACGAGAAUGAUCCAUUUAGUUCUUCCAAAUCAAGCAUGUCAGGUUCUGCAGCCAAAUUGCCACAAGCAUUUGGUUCUCAAGCCAAUAUGGCUGCUUGGGCAGGUGGAAAAGGACCCAGAAUGCCAGGUAUGGUGCCUGGUAUGAUUGGCCCACGAUGGAGAGCCCCAAUACCAGGCUCUAUGCCGAAUCUAAUCCCAGUGCGCGGUUCUAUGCCAAACCUAGCCCCAAUACCAGGUUCUAUGCCAAAUCUAGUCCCUAUCCCCGGUUCCAUGCCAAAUCUAGUCCCAGUGCGCGGUUCUAUGCCAAAUCUAGUCCCUAUUCCCGGUUCUAUGCCAAAUCUAGUCCCUAUGCCCGGUUCUAUGCCAAAUCUAGUCCCUAUGCCCGGUUCUAUGCCAAAUCUAGUCCCUAUGCCCGGUUCUAUGACAAAUCUAGCCAAAACAAACGCCGGCAACGACAAAGGUAAAGGCAAAAAAUCUGAUUCAAACCCAAAUCUAACCAAAUUGAACAACACCGCCCCCAAUCUAGCUCCAAUACCGGGCUCUAUGCCGAAUCUAGUCCCAAUACCAGGAUCUAUGCCGAAUCUAGUCCCAAUGCCAGGCUCUAUGCCGAAUCUAGUCCCAGUACCAGGCUCUAUGCCGAAUCUAGCCAUGAUGCCAGGUGUUGUAAGAAUGGGCAUGCCACAACCGAUGACUCCUUUCAUGAAUCUAGCGCCAGGUAUGCGUCCCUUCAUGCCAAUGGUCCCAAUGGUCCCAAUGGUAGGAUCAACCAUGAACCUGGCUCAAAGGCCAAGAGGUCCCUUCAUGCCAGUAGGACAAAUGGCAAUGCCGGCUAAUGUGAAACAAACCCAGGAACAAAAAGGUAAAAAUGAAAAACAAAAAGAACAAAAAAACGCGCAAGAAAAAUCCAAAAGCGAAAAGAAAAAAGAUGAUAAACAGCACAAUGAAAGUAAAAAAGACAAAAAACACAAAACCAUAGCGGGCGAAUUGAAAUCUACAGAGUUUAAAGAGGAAAAUAUUUUUGGCGAUGAGGAUGAAGACAUCGAUAUAAAGGAAUUCGAAGAUGAUGAUGAUGAUGAAAGUGAUUAUGAUGAUGAAUCCAAAGAGAAAGAUAUCCCAGUUAAGCUGGAAACACCAAGUCCUGCGAAAGCGAAAAAGGUCACGGAACCGUCCCCCAAAGCGAUACCUGCUAAAGCCGGCACCCCCAGCAAGGCCUCACUUGCAUCUGCAGCUCAAUCGAGUCCAGCAAAAGUGACUACUCCAUCCAGCACAACCACAGCAAAAGUGACUACUCCAUCCAGCACAACCACAGCAAAAGUGACUACUACAUCCAGCGCAGCCACAGCAAAAGUGACUACUACAUCCAGCGCAGCCACAGCAAAAGUGACUACAACUAAAACAGAUACUACAACCAAGACGACUCCACCCAAAGCGGGUGAAGCAAAGGUGCCUACAACUAAAGCAGGUACUACAACCAAGACGACUCCAACCAGCGCAACCACAGCAAAGGUGACUACAACUAAAGGAGAUACCACAACCAAGACGACUCCACCCAGCGCAACCACAGCAAAGGUGACUACAACUAAAGCAGAUGCUACAACCAAGGAGACUCCACCCAAAGUAACCACACCCAAAGUAACCACACCAAAAGUGUCUACAACUAAAGCAGAAACUACAACCCAGGCGACUGCACCCAAAGUACAAGAACCCAAAGUUGGCGCAGCAAAAAGUGACCAAGCAAAAGUUAACGUAGCCAAAGCAGGGGGACAAAAAACUGUCGAAGCAAAAGGCACCCAACCAACAGUCUCCGAACCCGAAGUUGUCGAACCUGAAGAUAACGAAAUUCCACAAGCUGAUAAUGCUGCGAAUAAAGGUACCGCACUCGGAAGAUCUCGCACAAGAGCAUCCGUCGGUUCUACCAAUGAAAUAUCGACAUCAGGAGAUGAAACACCAAGCACCUCUAGCACAGUAGACACCAAACAAGGAAGUAGCGGAAGCAAUGCCCUAGAAAUUUCGAAGAAAAAAACACCGAACUUAAGACGUAUGGCCAUUGAAAAUAAUCUCCGACGUACCACCAGUAGCGCCAGUAUGAAAAGUGAUGAUUUGGGUAGUUUACUAAGUAUAAAUAGUGUUAGCAGUUCACUUAAUGAAGCAGUUAACGCAGGCGAUGAUGAUGAAAGCAUGGACGGCAUAGAUGAAUUCGGAAGUAGAGGUAGUUUAGCAUCCGAAUUGCUUGAUGACCAAUACAAAUCAGAAGAUAUGCUUAGUAUGAGUAUAAAAGAACAUAUCGAUGUACUUAAUAACACGAAAUAUAAAAGUGUUGUGUUGUGUUCAGAUUUAAGAAGAGCCAUUACAAGUUGUUUCAUUGCUCUGGAGGAUCGAUUCAAAACAUCUAGCGAAAAUGUGUAUGUGCUGAAAUCACUACAGGAACUUAGUAGAAAUGCAGAUUCAAUUACUUUGUUCAAUUUCUACCAUAAGUAUGUUACCCCCACGACUAAGAAUUACGUCAGUGAUGAUGUUGAUGCUUUGAUUAAACAGAAAGUUAAAAUGGCCCAAAAAACACACAAAAGUAGAUUCCAGGAUACCCUCUCGUAUAUUUUUGGUGAUCCAAACAAUAUCUUUAUCAUUUUUGGUCACAGUUUAUGGUUUUUAAGUUUCUUUAGAAGCUUCUUAAAACCACCACACAAGGCAAGAAAUCACAAAAUGAGAAAUUCUAGUGUUGUUGUAUUUAACCUCAGCAAAUAUGAAGAUGAGGACGGAGAGGAACAAUAUGAAAUUGACAAUGAGAGUGUUAAGGUUGUUUUCAAGGGUUUCGAGAAAAACGUCUACGCUAAGGAUUAA